UAUUUAAAUUUGAUUGUGUAAGCAUAUUUUGUAAUGCUUCAAACAUGAACAUUUGGCCACAGCUUCCAUGCUUUCAUAUCUUGUGUAUGGAACAUGAUAUUAAUAACCACGCGAUUUAUAUUUUAUUAAAAAUGUCUUAUUGUUAUCUCGGCCAAACUAUUGUUAUUAUUUACUACUUCCAAUAGGGGGUCGUUACCUGUCAUCUACACUGUUUAGUCUACAGACCCUGAUUCAACUUUGGAACUCCAUGCCGUAUUUUUGGUGGCGCUGUCGGGCUGCUCAGAGCUCCGUGACUGGUCUCAGCUCUUGUCCUGAUAUCACUCCGCUAGCAUGGAGGAGGAGAGUACUUGAUUAUUGUGAUGGUGGUAGUGGCAGCAGCUGCGAGCGACUAGCAGAUCGGUGUCCCUAGGAUUUCCUUUUGCGCGGCUCUCCAACGGGCAGGAAAUCUGAACGCACAGCGUACAGUCUUUACGGGAGGUUGGAUUUUGUCGACCAAGCUAAUGAAAUGCAAGUUCACGCAACAACUCUGGAGCCUGUUCGCUGCAGACUGCAAAACUUUUUCUUAGAGGACAACACAAUAAAACGGCAAGCUUGCUGUUCGGUGUGAUGGUCGCCCGUAACAUCCGGAUGUUGUAUGGGGUUGUUUUAGAGUAGUGUAGCCGUUCAGGCAGGGGAAGAGAGCCGGGGAGACCCGGCAGCUUUGCUGGCUCGGUCUUGCACGCUCCGACAUUGUUGUCUCCUUUCUCGCACAUCGGCUACGGUGAGACUGAAACAUUGAAUGGUUGCGACAGUGCUUCUCCCGGAGGAGGGAAGCAACCAGCACCGCUUGUUUACAGUCAUUUGAAAGUACCCUUCUUCAGAAAUUCAUUCCUGGAAAGACUUGGAGCAGGACAGAGAGUGGUUAGAAGGACGGGAGUCUUGGGCUUGACAAAGUUCUUCCAAAAUACUGUUUCACAGCACAGAUGAUGGGGGAUUUUGCAACCCCCGCUGCCGCGAAUGGCAGUAGUAUUUGCAUCAACAACAAUGCCAUCGGCAGCGGGCUGAGUGCGAACAACAACACCUCCACGAACAGCCUGGGCAUUCCGAAACACAGCACCGUGGUGGAGCGACUCAGGCAGCGGAUCGAGGGCUGUCGGCGCCACCAUGUGAACUGCGAGAACCGGUAUCAGCAAGCGCACGCCGAGCAGCUGGAGAUCGAACGCCGUGAGACGGUCACUCUGUACCAGCGCAGCCUAGAACAGAGGGCGAAGAAGUCCGCUAACAACAAGCAGCAGAGCAAGCAGCAAGACCCCGAUUCUGCAGUAACUACGGAACAGAGAAACAACACACUGAUAGCGCUUCAGGAGACGGUGAAAAGGAAACUGGACAUUGCUCGCUCACCUUUGAAUGGAGAUCAGAAUGGCAUCUGCGAUGGGAGCUACUCCCCAAACAACAAGAGAUUACGGAAGGAGGGUGGUUUGGACUCACUGGGGAGCUUACCCAACAAUGUACCGCCCAUCUCCCCCCUCCAUCAAAUGGACAUCAAGCCAUCCCUGGCCAAUAACAGCAAUGGCAAUAAUAUUGCAGGAAAUGGAAAUGCUGGAAGCAACCACCUCACUGGGCGGCCAGACGAUCUUGGCAAGAAUGGCGGUCUGCCUGAUAUCAAACUGAAUGGGUCAUUGGACCUGGAUGAUAGCUUCAGCCUGCUCAAAGACAUGAAGCAAGAGCCUCAGGAUGAAGUUGGAUGUAUGGAGUCAUCGGACACGGCCCUCUCGAACCAGAACAAGUUGUUUUCCGACUUCAACCUCAACGAUCAGGAGCUUCAGGAGCUGAUCGACGAGCUAGCCAACACGGUGCCUGAGGACGAUAUGCACGACCUGUUCAACGAAGAGGACGACUUCGAUGAGAAGAAAGAGGCGGACUUCACGCGACUGCCGACCCAGACGUCGCUGCCCCAGGACCCGCCGCAGCCUGUGCCCGCCCCUGUGCCGCCCCCGACGCCCUCCCAGAGCGGCCAGAUGCCCAUGGGCUCUCCUCAGGUGCGGCCGUCCUCCUCUGGCCCGCCCUUCGCCACCGCCGCCAGCGCCACGCCGCCCCAGCAGCCCUUGCAGCAGUCGCCGGCUGUCGCCAUGGCGUCGGGUUCGCCGGCCAACUGUGUGGCGCAGUCGCCACAGGCGCCCACUCAAGCUCAGACGCAGGCACCCAGGCCCGGCAACGGCUACAUGAUGAACGCGGGUCCGGCGGUCGGGCCAGUGGGGUCGACAUCGGUGGCCAGUGGAGGUCCGGGGCCAGGAGGAGGAGGUGGUGGUGGGGGACCAGUGCCAGUCCCUGUACCAGGCCCCCCCAGCGCUGACCUCUCCCCAGCGGAGCAGCUGAAACAGAUGGCCGCCCAGCAGCAGCAGAGAGCCAAGCUCAUGCAGCAGAAGCACCAACAGCAGCAGCAGUCGCAAGCCGCCAACUGGUCGCCCGCCGGCCCCCCUACCAGCCCCUACGGCGGACCCUUCAACCCCGACAAACCAAAUAGCCCCAUGAUGUACCCGCAAGCCUUCAGCACGUCAAACCCCAUGGUGCCAGCCAUGGCCGGGAACCCACAAAAGCCCGGCAUGAACAACUACCUCCAGCAGAAUCACAUGAGCAUGAUGACUCCGCAACAGCAGCAGCAGCAGCAACAGCAGCAACAGCAGCCACCAAACAACAUGGCCGCCGCCCAGAGUGUCCUCAGCAAGCAGCUGUCCUACAGCAACACCAAGCCCCUGAGCCACUUCAGCGCAAUGGAGCACAUGGGCCAGAGGAUGACGCCGCCCAUGGCCAACCAGGGGAAGAGCCCCAUGAUGCCAUACAUGCAGGGACCAGCUGGGCAGGGUGGAGGGCCACCACCUGCACAGGGACCCAUGCCUGGACAGACGGCCCACCUGAGCGAAGAGCAGAAGAGGAUGCUGUUGAUGAAGCAAGGGAUGACCUAUGGGCCCAUGCCGACACAUGGACAGGACCCAGGCAUGGUGGCCAUGUCGCGGCAGCCAGGCGGAGUCCAGCCCGCUCAUGGGGCGCCUGGAGGAGUAGCCCCAGGAGGGCCCAGCGCGGUGGGACCCGGGCCAGGACCGGGGCCAGGCGGUUACCUGGGCAACCCUCAGCAGCAACAGCAGCAGCAGCAGCAGCAGGCGGCCAUGAUGAAGCAGAUGAUGGCCAUGGAGCAGGAGAAGAGGGUGCAGCUGCACCUGAUGGAGCAGCAGAAACAGCAGCUGCUCCGCGAGAGGCAGCAGCAGCAGCAGCACAUCAUGGCAGAGCAGUUACAGCAGCAGCAGCACCUCCCACGGCAAAUGGGGCAGCCACAGAGAAACCCAUACCCUGUCCAGCAGGUUAACCAGUUCCAAGGGUCAUCUCAAGAGAUGGCGGUGAGGAACCUGCAGAGCAUGCGCAAUGCGAGACUUCUCCAGCAGCAGCAGAUGCAGCAGAUGCAGGGUGGCGCCAUGCAGGGCGGGAUGCCCUCGCAGCCCGACAUGGGCAUGCCCUACGGGGGCCAGCCAGGCACCGGAGCCAGCCAAGCGGGCCUGUACGCAGCGGGCAUGGGCCAGAUGCAGCAGCAGCAGCAGCAGCAGCAGCAUCCUAACCAAAGCAGCAUGGCCAUGGGCCACGCGGGUCCCGCGCCUGGGCACCGGCCGCCAGGAGGGGGACCCGCUGGCAUGAUGCCCGGCGCCGGGGGAGCGGGGGGAGGAGGCUACAGCCAGGGCAUGCUCCUCAACUCUGCCCUGAAAGGAGGUGGCCAGCCAAUGAGCAAGGCCCAAGCCCAGAGACUGCAAAGCAUGAUGGGAGCUGGAGGUGCAGGCUGGCAGCAGCAGCAGCAGCAGCAGCAGAGCAUGCAGCCAAUGGGCGGCAGGACUACAAACGAAAUGGUGGGCUUCGGGGGUAUGCCAGCCGGGUAUGGAAUGCCACCGGGUCAGGGCCCGCCACGCAUGCCCAAGCAGCACUACGGCCAGGGGGGUAUGGUGGACCCACGUGCCAUGAACCCCGCGGGCAUAGGCCCUGGUGGUGCCCAAAUGAUGCCUCCGCACAUGGCAGCCCAGGGCAGGACCAACCAGCCCCGUGGCAUGAUGAUGCCCGGCAUGAACCAGGGCGUGCCCGCCAGCAUGGCAUCGGCGUUUGGACAGGCUGGGGGACAGCCAGGGGGGAUGGGAGGACCGGGCGCUGGAGGGGGUGGGGGGUAUCCAGGUGGGGCCCAGCCGCAAGGCUACCAGCGGACAUCCAGUCAGGACCUAGCGUACGGCUAUGCCAGUCAGUCAGCAGGGGGCAGUGGAGGUCAGUUUGGCCUAUCGGACGGAACAGACUUGGACUCAACAGACGGUUGGAUGGAGGAGUUUUUUCCCAGCCAAUAGCAAACGUAGAAGAGCAGAGUGUUUUUUUUAAUGGGUUGGGCUGAGGGGAACAGAGAGGAGUGAAGAGAUUUUUAAUCAAAAGAUACAUUUUAAAGGACAAGUGUGAUUUUGUUCACCUUUCAUGAAAGUGAAAGAGAAUUGCCAUGUCACGUACUGAGUGUAAAUGUGUAUGUGUACUGUCUAAAUACUCCACGGGUGAGGUGGAAGUUCUUAUUUGAGGAAGUAGUCUGUUUUCCAUGCUGUUUAAUGGGAUUUGUUUUACAACUUUGUGUUUCAGUGGUCUGUCAAAUCCCAAACUUCAGAAUAGUUUCCUAAGGGUAUGUAGUAGGGAAAGUAGAAAAUAACUAUUUUUGUUACUACUAUCAUUAUUAACUGCCUCCCUCUUCUAUCUUAUAUGUUACAUGAGUCUGUGUGUGUGUGUGUGUGUGUGUGUGUUCACGGGCCAUCUGUUUUCAUAACAUGUGGUUUAUCUUUUCCUUUGCAAUAGCCUCACUCCAUCUAUUUAAAAACUUGCAUAUGUUAACACCCCUCAUUUUCUGGCUUCCCCAGAAUGCCCAUUUGGUCCUCUAUAUUUCACCAGAGUGAGUGUGUACAUGCCUCUGCAAGCUUGUGUGUGUGUGUGUGUGUACUGUGUGUGUGUGUGUGUGUGUGUGUGUGUGUGUGUGUGUACUGUAUGUGUGUGUGUGUAUGUUUAUGUGAACAGAGCAACCAAAACAAACUGCAUUUCUCUUUGUUUAGUUUUGAGCGCAUGCGUGAUGAGUGCUCUUGCUGUCGCUAGGCAACUGCUCCGCCAACAAGAGGAUUGGGGAGAGAGAGAGAAUAUGUGUGUGUGUCUGUGUGUGUUAGAGGUGCAUUCUGUAUUGAGAGACCUGGCAGCUAGAGACCCUACAGUCUCCAAGAAAUAAAAUAAAACAAAAUAAAAUAAAAUAAUAAUAAAAAUAGCUUAAUGACAAAAUGAGAGGUAAAGCAUGCCAAAAAUCAUCCAUGUAUAGAUGUCAGAAAGGCAGCUAUGACAAAGACGGGCCAGCCAUCUAAUGUUAACUAUGGUAUUAAUAAUGGGAUGUGUGUGGAACAGGAUGGAACAACAGCAAUGGAAAAGAAACAAAAUGACAAAUUGUACCUGUGCUGAAUGUACGUCAGCACAAAUGGCCUUGUCUAACACAAUGACCUGUCUUAAAGACUGGUCAUAAGCAUUUGGGAAGACACUGGGCUUGAGGUUGAGCCUUCAGUUUGGAUCAUUUGUGUCUGUGCUUGUAUGUGUGUGAGUGUGUGCAUCAUCACUGAUGGAAAUACUUGCAGGUCAUUGAUCUCACCACUGCUCGGAAUAUCGCUGUUUGUUUCUCGUUCCGAUUCUCACACUCUUCUAAUCUGUUUGUCUUUAAAUGCAUGUUUACAUGUAUAACUAUUGGCCAACUUUUGAACAGACUGUGAAAUGACAAGGGGCUGUGCAGAGCUUCAGUUGCAAUUGGUCUCAUCAACCUGUUUGGCCCAUCAAUGUGAUUUCUGUUCCUAGUGUCUCAGUGAGGAGGAAAGAGGCUAGUAAAGAGUAGCUGUCUAGAGUUCUUCCAGAUGGGCCUGGAGUGAACACUUCCCUGGUCACCUCAGGAAAUCUCUCGAAAAUGACGAGGAUUUAGGCCCCUGCUUCCCAAGACACCAUCAGAGUGCCCCACAAUCAGACAUCGUUGCCUCCUUCUUCGCCUCUUUAGAUUACUUUACUCAUUCCCAUUUGCUUUAGGUCACUGGUGACCAGAAGACAUUUUGAGAGUAAGAUUUAAAAAGACAUUUUUAUGACAUCAGGCAGUUCAGAGAUUAUAUCCCGUGUGAUCGCUUCCCCCUCAGAGACACCCAUGUUUGUUGUCAUUAUAUCAUUCAUGGAGUAUGUUAUACUUUGAGUUCAGUCGAAAGCUGUCAAGGAAACAGAUGGAGAUGUAUGCUUCAUAAUAUACUUUGUAACUACAGAACUAGUUAGCACCCCCACCCUCCCACAAAAAUACACAAGAAUGCCUUUGAUCACCUCUUCAUCUUCAACAACCCAUGCAAAGUAAUCUCUCCUUUUGGCCAUUGUUCUAAUGAUCUUAAUAUGUACAGGUGUUCUCAGUCUUGGUUUCUCAAUUGCCUCACAUCCUAUCUGAAUCUUAAUUGAGUACUGUUCAUGUUCUCAGCAGAAAAUGGCUGUCUGGUUAUGGUGUUUAGUUGUGUUUGAAUGUUUUUUGUUUUAAUGAAAGGGAUAGGCACUCCCGUGUCUCAUAUACAGUGUUUGAAAUGGCCAGCUGACAGUGUUGUCCUUUAACAGCGGCAGAUGGGAGACCUUUUUUUUUCUAAGCUUCCUCCAAAUAUCAUGAAUCCUGGGACCAAGUCAAAUGUAGAACUUUUCUCUGCUUUUUUGUACUUGCUAUUUUUUUGUCAUCAUUGUCACUGUUUUUUCCCCUGUUCACUUUCUGUACUGGUGCUGACAUGUAUGUGAUCAAAAAAGAUAUAUAAAAGAAAAUUGAUAUUUGUAAAUAUGUUUUUACAAGUUUAAAUACAACAGAUAAAACUGUCUCUACUCUCUGUAAAGAAAUUACUUGUUUGUUUAAAAAUAGAGAAGUAUUUUAAUUUCAUUUUUCCACUCAUCUUGGCUAUGCCAUUGCACUUCAGACAAUGUCUUACUACUAAUUUGUAUUGUAAACCCCCUCUAAUGUUUAUUUUGAGCAUUUUUCUAGUUUGAAGGUUUUGCUCUGUACCUGAAGCAGUGCUUUUUUUUUUAUCCUGUACAGAUUAUAAAAUGUUGAUGCAAGGCAGAUGAGCAGAAAAAAACUUUUUGAUUUCAGAAAAACAAUUACAAUAAAGAGAGAAUGUUC